AGGGCCAGGGUCAAUUGGAGAGUGUAAGAUUUUUUGAAAGCGCGGGACUCUUGCGGGGGAUGUCAGAGAGUUAAAUAUCGAACUUAAAAAGGAGAAAAGGGUUGAAAGGGGAGAAGCGAGAAGAAAGGUUGCUUUUUGACUUUUGUCAGGGUCCGGAACAAACGUGAUGUCAUCAGCAGGAGUGCCUCGGAAUCUUUCUCAGAUUUCUCAUGAAUGAACCAUUUCUUACCAAGCCAAGUUUCCACAGCGUUGGCGUCUAGAAUGAUCGGAUUAUGAGACAAUUCCCAUAGUUCCCUGUUUCUGAUUGCCUACCUCCGUUCGGUGACCCCUGGUGCCCUUAUCAACCCGGACAAGUCGUCCUCCUCCGGCUACCACUCUACAUACAGACGUACAUACGUACCUACAUACAUACAUUCUGGUGUCCCCAUUCCCGGCUUGGCUUUUUUUUUAGUUCCUCCAUGAUCCAUUCAGGCCAUUGAUUACUAUUCCCCAGUUCUUUUGACUUUCCCCAUUUGCCUCCCACGAGAGUCCAAGUCAAUUUUCUUCCUCCCGUAAUCUUUUUCCGGCUCUUCCUAUUCCGUGAAUUGCGAUCGUCUCUGUACUGAUCUUAAUCAUUCAUGGUCGUCUUUUCCUUCCCUUCUGAUUCUCCAACCUCCACAACUUGAUAAUCUGUGUUCGCCCCUUCGACAAGGGCUAUAUUCUGUUAGUCAUGGCGUCGUCGCGAUGGUGGCUUCUCGUGCAGGCCGUCUUUUGGCGGUUCCUCAUGCGCAUUGGCAUGUUCAUCCACCAUAUUUCGUUCCCACGGCCGCCUCGUCGCUCCUUCGUCCGAUCCAUCCCGUCCGGCUCGUCACGGAUUGAUUUGUACUUCUACUGUCCACCCGAGUACUCUCAAGGUAUUAAAGAAGGUCGCAGAUUUCCAGUAGUGGUUAACUUUCAUGGGGGUGGGUUCACCCUAGGAUGUCCGACCGAUGAUAGUCGCUGGGCCCAGUCCGUCCUGGCGGAAGUGGGCGCCGUCAUGGUCAGCGUCGGAUACCGUCGAGCCCCCGAACAUCCGUUUCCCGCCGCUGUAGAUGACGGGGUGCGAGCGAUCCAGUAUCUCUCUGCCCAUGCCAUUGAGCUAGGGCUGGACGUCUCACGCAUCGCUCUCAGCGGGUUUUCGGCUGGUGGCAAUCUGGCGGUCACGGUACCUUUACGCCUCCGCAGUCUAAUGUGUCGGGAAUCUCGCGACCCAUGGCUGGAUCGCGCGGAGUCUACCGAACAGCUUGUCGAUGCUUCCGCCAGCGACGUCCACAUCGUUGCUAUCUUUUGCUGGUAUCCCAUCUUGGAUUUUGAAGAACCCCGUGAGCAUCGGCGGAAUGCGAGUAUCAUGCCCGAUAAGACCCUCCCGGAGUUCUUCACCAAUUUAUUCGAUGAGGCAUAUUUGCCCGAUCUUGUGGACCGCCGGUCGCCGUAUGCAUCGCCCGUUCGGGCCGCGGAUGACCUUCUCGCCGAUGCCCUCCCCCAUGACAUCUUUCUGUACAUCUGUGAAUGGGACAUGCUCCUCAAUGAAGGCCAGCAAUUCGUGCGUCGUUUACAAGAUAUUGGCAAGCAUGUCCGCGCCAUGAUGAUUGAGAAAGUACCGCAUGCCUGGGACAAGUCUCCGAACCCGUGGCGUGAUCAGGAACAGGUAGAUAUCCUCUAUCGCGACGCUUGUGCCGACAUGAAAGCCAUCUUUAAUGCGUAGACGUUACACCACAGUUUAUAUUGCUCAUUUGGGCCUACCAGUGGCCUUGCUUUGCUUUUUUUGGAUCUUGAUAGAUGUGCAUAAACGGCGUUGGGUCAAGCGAGUCUGCGGUU